CAGUGGGCGAUCCUCUCGAAGGACAUUCUGACUGGGUUCGGUCUGUCGCAGUGUCACCGGAUGCAAAAUUUGUAGUGUCUGGUUCAGAUGAUACAACUAUCCGUGUGUGGGAUAUUGGGACUGGCAAGACAUUGGGCACCCCUCUCCAAGGACACACCGGCUAUGUUCGCUCUGUCGCGAUCUCACGAAAUGGGCACCACAUUGUGUCCGGUUCAAAUGACAAGACGAUCCGGGUGUGGGAUAUGAAGACUGGCCGGGGAGUGGGUCCCGCUUUUCAAGGGCACACCGGACGCGUUUAUUCUAUCGCAAUCUCACCCGACGGCAAGCGCAUUGUGUCUGGUUCAGAAGACAAAACCAUCCGGGUCUGGGAUAUGGAAUUUUUCAACCAGCCCCACUCGCCUGCAGUGUACUUUUCACCUAACCCAUCCUACGCUCUCCAUUCCGCCUCCUCCUUUCUCCAGGAUUCCUCAACCCCACUCUCUGUUGUUGCGAACGAGGAUGGAUGGGUUGUAGGUCCUGACGGACGUCUUCUUCUCUGGAUCCCACUCAAUCUUCACCCGGUGAUGUAUGCCCCAGGAAACACACUGGUCAUACAUGAUCGCGCCUCGCAGUUCGAUUUGAGUCGUCUUGCGCAUGGCACCUCUUGGCACAUGUGUCGGGAACAGGAGGCUGCUUUGUCUUCAUUAUGAUACCCUCGUAUGUUGCGCACACACUACACAUGAUUCGUACCACACUUGUUUGUCGUCAGGGCUUAUUCAGUCCACUUCGUCACGUACAAGUCAAUUUUCGCUAAUACACAAUGUUUUCC